UAUCGUCAAUCAGUAGACUUGCUGCAAGUCGACUUCAUGAGUUUCAGGGUAGAAUAGCUAAGCGAACGAAGAGAGCUGUGAGGUUCUAGGCCGCAAAGCAGCAUUGUGGAUGUCGCGAAGCGGUUCAGGGAAGAAUAGCUAAGCGAGCGAAGGGAGCUGCGAGGUUUUAGGCCGCAAAUAAUCAAGACGAAGGACUUUUCUGAAAGUCUAGUCAGUCAACUGAAAAUUAAAAAGCCUGAAAAUCGAGUGACCUGGUACUUCCGAGUGAAUUUUCUUCUUGUAAGUUACCGAUAGAUUCGGAAACAUUGCCAAAAAUCUGUUUAGUCUUCCGUCCGGCAUUGUAUUGCGUCACGCAAUCUCCUGUGUGCUACUACGCAAUAUUUUUCGCGACCCCAGUCAGUAGAAACCAAAUAGCUCUAUAAAUCAAUGGUAACACACAGAGGCUCUCUCCGAUUGUUUCUUUUGGGAAGGACGGCUGUCACACAGGAUAGAAUUGUCUCCAUCGCCGUUGCCGAUCAAAAUAAUCAACAACAGACUCUUCACGUCCGGCGUAUCCCAUUGGACAAAAUCUCGCUAACUGCGAUGGUGACAAUUUGCUAACUACGGAGGAGUCGAUUUUAAGAUGUCAGACGGUUACUUGAUAAAGUGCUGUACACCAUAAACGGUACCAAAACAUUACACUGACACCAGACAUGUAAUUUAUGUUACAGGAAAUGAAGUUGUUUUGUUCCAUUGCGAAGUGAAAGUAACGCAUUCCUGCACAGCGGUCUAGUAACACCAAAUUUUCAACAGACGCGUUUUGAACGCGUUUAACGCGUAUGGCAACCGUCCCAGAUCCACAUGAGGUACUUCGUUCAACAAAAGAAAAAGAAAAUUUUCAACGUGUUACACGACUGUUAAUAAGUGGAGGCACCAUACUGCUGAGAGAGAUUUUUGAUGUGAUUCACCCACCAAGUCAUCUUCCCACGAUACUGAAAAGUCCUGCCACAGAGAAACAACUCAGAUCAGCAAAGCUUACCAAGCCACAGUGGGACUGUCUGUACCCUUCCCCUGGGGUGUACGGUACGUCAACCGAUUUUGAUGUUACUCUGCUGUUCAGGUUGCUGAGGACAAUAUGCAACCUCAUCCCUCCUGCCACAGGCUGGGAUGCCCUGCCAACAAGUACGGACCACAGUUUAGCUGCAGAUUUGGUGAGAAUUAAAUAUUACCGCAACUCAGUGUAUGGCCAUGUAAACCAACAGAUGGAGAUACCAGAUGACGAGUUUCUGUCGCUUUGGAAAGAAAUUAGCGAAACUCUUGUCAGAAUUGCCCAACAAAUCAGCCCUGCAAAGCAAAAUGAAUGGCAGAAGGCCACAGAUAACUUCUUAAAGGAGCCUCUGACCGUCGAGGAUGAACGAAAUGUACAGGAACUGCAAAGGUGGUACAAAAACGACACUGAAGUUAAACAAUACAUAGAGAAAUUGCAAACCUCAACUGAACAAGGUAUUGAACGUUUGGAGACAAGUUUACAAGAUGUCCAGGGGAAACUACAAAGAGCAGUUCACGCAAUAGAAAGCAAAGGUCAAAACCUAGAGGGUGCAAUUCGACAGGGAGCCAAAGAAAUCAAACAACUUGGAGGAGAAUUAAAAAGCACAGCUCACGAGGUUCAGUGCCUAGUAAACGCAAUUCGAGAGAAUACCCAAGACAUCAAACAGAAACUAGGAGAUGUUAUGGAACAGGCGCACAGGAAUAGGCUCUCAGCUAGAAGCUCACAAGUACCUGGAGCAUGUAUUCGACUUCGGAUCGAUUGCGAAGCCACCACAGAACCAGCCCCACCAGGGGGACCCUCAGAGAAGGAAUCACCCUCAAAUAGACCCCAGGGAGGCUUCCACGGGGGGACAGAAAUACCCAACACAACACGUCAAUCACAGGUAGAAGCCACAAAAGGAUUUGGCUCAGCGCCAAGCAUCAGCAAUGGCGGCCCUCCAAGUACACAGGACAUUUUGAACCUUGUUGCGUUCAAGUAUUUGCAGACAGUUGAUCCAUCAAAAUUAGAGGAUUUGAAUGGCUUUGUUUACUAUAUGGAGAAGGUGCGAAACGUGCUGAUUGUUGACGCUCAGCCAGGGAGUUUGAUAAUUACUGUGAAAUGUCCCUCUCUAGAGAUACUGGAAGAAUUGUGGAACGACUACUGUACAGGUCGCUUGAAUGAAAUGGCGCAAAAAUUCCUUGUGACAGCGGAAAUCCUGAUGGCGCUUGGCCUUAGAGCAGUGAAACUCACUACCACUAUUCUGGAUGAGGAAUAUAGAGCUUGUCGAGAAUAUUUUGUUCAGCGUUUAGGUCAUAGAAAUGGAAACGCAACGCAACUGCAACGCAAAAAUCGACCAUAUGAGGUGACGCCGGAAGAAGGACCUUAUGUGGUGACCACAAAAGAAGGGCCUUCUGAGUUGACAACAAAAGAAGGGUCUUCUGAGCUUACACAAGAAGGGCCUUGUGAGGGAACAUUCGAGAAAGUACCUCGUGAACUGACGCCAAGCUAUGAAGCCUCAGGUCAAGACAGCAAAAUGGAAACUUUUGCUGCCGGGAAGCAACUGGAAGACCGUACUGAGAAAGCACCGAGUGCUUGCACACAGUCGAUCGGACACUUGAGUCUUCAGAGGAAUGAUGUGGCGCAGCUCUUUGUUACGAUGCCGACUGGAAAGACGAUCACUUUAGAAGUAGAUGCAAACGAUACCAUCAUGGAUGUGAAGAGGAAAAUUCAAGACAAGGAAGGUAUUCCACCUAUUCAACAACGCCUCAUCUAUUAUGGCGAGGAACUCGACGUUGACUGCACUGUGAGUGACUACAACAUUCAGAACAAAUCAGAACUACACUUGGGUUUGAACCGUUAUGGCUUCAUACAAAUAUUUGUGAAGACAGUAACCGGAAAGACAAUCACGUUAGACGUCAAAUCAGACGAUUCCAUCGGAAUGAUUAAGAAAAAAAUUCAGGAGGUGGAUGGGCAACGCCCAGUGGAAGUACGACUGAUUGGUCAUAACAAGAACCUCCAAGAUGACCUCACUCUGAUGGACUACAACAUUAAAAGAGAAGACACUGUGUUUGAGGUUCCAAGACGUCGUGGUGGUUGCGCGAUAUGGUAAUUCACGUAGAGACUACGACUAUGGCGAGGAUUACAUUACACGUUACGCUACAAGAUUCCAGCAAAAGCGUGAAAAAGAAUAUGAAGAACGAAAUACCGGUCUGCCAGCCAAGAUUGUUCAUUGAUGUCAAGAAACUCGAUGACGAUCACACUCUGAUUGACUAUAAUGUAGAGCCAGGUUCUGUGGUGUCCAUGUUUCCUCACCAUAAGCAUGGUUGGAGCUACAGCUUGAUUUAAAUGCGCGCACAAAGCCGGAAACAGUCUGGCGACAUGACUGGAAGGUUAAACGGAGGCAGCGUGGCCGAGUGGUUAGGGCACCGGACUUGAAAUCCGAAGAUCGCGAGUUCAAGUCCCGCUC